UUCGCCAGAGGUAUUUAACUGGUGUAAAGGGGACUCACUUGCAAGUGUCUCCUGUUUGCAUGACAGUUUCUCCUGCUAGUUCACACAAUGUUCAAAAGACACAAGUCCCUUUCCUCAGAUCGCAAGCGAGAAUUAUUCUUCCAAAGAGUUUCAAGGUCCAUAAUGAAGAAUGAUAUAAGAAAUUUCCACUCUUUGUCGCAACUUGUACUCUCAGCAGGUCCUCUAAAAGCAACUCCAGCAGUCAAGCACUCAAAAACUACUCACUUUGAGAUAGAAAUCAUUGAUGCUCAAACCAGGAAACAGAUAUGCAUCGUAGAUAAGGUGACACAAACAGCUACUAUUCAUGAUGUUAAACAAAAGUUUCAUAAAAUAUGUCCCAAGUGGUGCCCUUCUCAAGUUGGACUACAGCUAGAAUGUGGUGGACCUUUUUUGAGGGACCACAUCACUAUUCAAAGUGUUGCAGCUUCCUCUAUUAUAACACUGUAUUUUACAGACCUAGGUCAGCAAGUCAGCUGGACCACAGUAUUUKUGGCUGAAUACACAGGACCUCUGCUAAUAUACCUCCUGUUUUAUUUGAGGAUCUCAUAUGUAUAUGACAGGAAAGAGAGCACUAGAAGUAUACGCCACCCAGUGGUACAUUUGGCUUGCCUCUUCCAUUGCAUACAUUAUAUCCGAUAUCUUUUGGAAACUUUAUUUGUUCACAAAGUUUCUGCAGGACGCACACCUUUGAAAAAUUUGAUACAGGGUUGUGCCUUUUACUGGGGAUUCACUUCUUGGAUUGCCUACUACAUUAAUCAUCCACAGUAUACACCACCAUCAUUUGGAAAUAGGCAAGUCACAGUAUCUGCUAUCAAUUUYCUGGUUUGUGAAGCUGGAAAUCACUUCAUCAAUGUAAUGUUGGCUCAUCCUAAUCAUACAGGAAAUAAUGCCUGUUUUCCUCGUCCAAAUUAUAACCCCUUCACAUGGCUGUUUUUGCUGGUUUCUUGUCCUAACUACACCUAUGAGAUUGGGUCAUGGAUUAGUUUCACAGUCAUGACACAAACACUGCCAGUUGGGAUAUUUACACUUCUGAUGAGUAUCCAGAUGUCUUUGUGGGCACAAAAGAAACAUAAGAUUUAUGUGAAGAAAUUCAACGCAUAUAUGCACAGGAAAUCAGCAAUAAUUCCAUUCAUAUUAUAAGAAAAAAGAUUCUUAUCUUGUAUAAAGAAAGGCAAUAUAUAAAUUCACUAAAUAAGACUUUGUGAAAGAUAGUUGACUGUUAAGCUCUAGCAAUUCAUGAAUGGCAUUUUUACCAAAUAAAAAUAUAAAAUUUUAAAAUUCACCGAAAUUAAAAUAAUAAACUUGAGGUUAAAAAUGAGAAUAAUAAAUAUAAUUAAAGAAGAAUGACACUGAAUAUGUUUUCAAGAGAUUGAUCUUUGAAUAAAUUUUUUAAUUUAUUUAUUAUGUCACAACAUUCUUUCAUAMGACAAUUAAAAUAUUUKAAUUCUAAAAUAAAUGUUUUUGAAAGUCAUAGCCUUUACAUCCCUGGAAUUUCAUACAUUAUAUUGAGAGCAAUUUAAUUUUUUCCUUUAUUGUUUAUUUUGUGACUCUGUGAAAUGUCUUAUGUUAUUAAUUUCUUUUGAAAAUUGUACUCAUUUUGAAAGUGAAUUUUACAUAAAUAAUCACAUUUUAUUUAUUCCUAAUCUAUACAUUGUAUAUUAUCAUUCUGAAAACACUACAAUGAAAAUA